GACUCGGUGUGUGUGUGUGUGUGUGUUCAGUCGUCAUGGCUCAGCUGGUCGAGUGCGUCCCAAACUUCUCGGAGGGUCGAAACAAAGAGGUGAUCGAUGCCAUCGCGGCGGCGAUCUCAGGGACGGCGGGCUGCAGCCUGCUGGACGUGGACCCCGGGGCCUCCACCAACCGCACCGUCUACACCUUCGUGGGCUCGCCGGCGGCGGUGGUGGACGGGGCGCUGAACGCCGCACGGGUCGCCUUCAGCCUCAUCGACAUGAGCAAACACUCAGGUGAGCACCCUCGCACCGGAGCGCUGGACGUCUGUCCCUUCAUCCCCGUCCAGAACGUCUCCAUGGACGACUGCGUCCACUGCGCCAACGUCUUUGGACAGAGACUGGCCGAGACACUGCAGGUCCCCGUGUAUCUUUAUGGAGAAGCAGCGAGAAAAGACUCGAGGAGAAGUCUUCCGUCUGUCCGAGCCGGAGAGUACGAAGCUUUACCUGACAAGUUGAAGCGUCCUGAUUGGUCCCCUGACUUCGGUCCUGCCCAGUUCGUCCCGCCCUGGGGCGCCACGGUAACCGGCGCUCGCAAGUUCCUCAUCGCCUACAACGUGAACCUGAUCAGCACCAAGGAGCAGGCUCACCGCAUCGCUCUGGACAUCAGGGAGCAGGGCCGAGGGAAGGACCAGGUGCAUGCUGGGACUUUGAGUCCUCAACUCGUGUCUUCAGAUCUCUGAUGAUGAUAGCCGUGUCUGUCGGGACAGACAGUUCUAAUGAGCGUGAUAUCACAAGAACCCUUUCAGGGAAUUUCUUCAAAUUUGACACAAACGUUUAAGUAAACUAAAGGGUG